UAAUAUUUACCACUGGACAAAAUCCACAUCAUCUUAGAAGUUGGAGUUAGUUUUAAAUUUUAAGAUUUUCUAUUUGUUAUGUAUAUGAGUAUAGAGUGUUGAUGAGGAACGGUUGAGUUAUGUCCUGGAUUGCUGGAUUAACUUCUGUUUUUAUAUAUUUUUUCGUUGAUGUAAAUGGAGCUAGUGAAGAGGUGGAACAACAUCUUGCUAUGGGCAUGAAGUUGGUUUCUGCUGGACAAUUGUCGGAUGCUUUAUCACACUAUCAUGCUGCAGUAGAGGGAGAUUCUUCCAAUUUUUUAACAUAUUUUAAAAGAGCCACUGUUUUGAUGGCAAUGGGUAGAUCACGUUCAGCAUUGCCAGAUCUUGAUGAAGCUAUUAAAUUAAACCCAAAGUUUUAUCAGGCAUUUUUGCAAAGAGGAAAUGUUCAUUUAAAGAGGGGUGAAACAGACUUGGCACAUAUUGAUUUUGAAACUGUGCUUAGAUAUGAUAAGGAGAAUGAAGAUGCUUUAAAACAGCUGUCACUGAUAGACCCAUUUAACACAUAUGUAGAAAACAGUGUGAGCCUAAUGGAAAUGGGUGACUUUUCAAAUGCCAUAGAACAGUUGACUAAAGCAUUAGAGAUUGCUCCAUGGGAUGCAUCAUUACGAUCAAAAAGAGCCGAAUGCUAUGAGGUGAUGGGAGAAUUAUAUAAAGCUGUGACAGACAUAAAAACUACGACGAAAUUAGUGAGCGAUAAUACAGGUGCAUUUCUACAAAUAAGUAAACUACAUUACCAAAUGGGAGAUUUAGAAGAUGGUUUAAGGGAGAUCCGUGAAUGUCUUAAGCUAGACCCAGAUCACAAAGAUUGUUUUACUUUAUAUAAGAAAUUAAAGAAGCUAAACAAACAAUUCAAUGAUGGUGAUGAUUUAAUAAACAAAGGAAGGUAUUCAGAUGCCAUUCAAAAAUUCAAAGCAGCAUUAAAAACAGAACCUGCUUUAGACUUUUAUAUAUUGAAAGCAAAAUCAAAAAUAUGCCACUGUCAUAGAAUGAAUGGCGACAUCACUGAAACAUUAAAUUCUUGUACUGAAGCAAUAGAGUUGGAUGAAAACAAUGUUGAUGCUCUUUGUGAUAGAGCUGAAGGUUACAUUUUAAAUGAAAUGUAUGAAGAAGCUGUGAAUGAUUAUCAAACUGCGAAAAAUAUAAAUGGAGAUUUGCAUAAGGUGAACGAAGGGAUGGAAAAAGCUCAAAGGCUCCUCAAACAAUCCAAGAAAAGAGACUACUAUAAGAUUCUAAAAGUGAAAAGAAAUGCAAGUAAGCGGGAAAUUAUGAAAGCAUAUAGAAAACUUGCAGUAAAGUGGCAUCCUGACCAUUAUGAAGGUGAAGAUAAGAAGAAGGCCGAGCGGAUGUUUAUUGACAUUGCUGCUGCGAAAGAAGUUCUUACAGACCCAGAGAAAAAGGCAAAAUUUGAUAAUGGUGAAGACCCACUUGAUCCUGAACAACAAAAUGGUGGAGGAUGGCAAAAUGGAGGAUUUCCCGGAGGAUUUCCUUUUGGACAAGGAUUUCAAUUCAAAUUUCAUUUUCCAUAAACCUUCCCACCUUCAUCCAACUGCCAUUUGCCCGUUUACCACCAUGCAUUUUUGUAAAAACAUUGAUUGGUACAAAUAUUUGUAAAUAAUAACUAAGCUAUCAUUUACCAAUCAUAUGAAAGCUAAUUUAACAAUCAGAAUUUAUAAACGAACUUUGUAAAGGUAUAUGUCUAAAUGCAAUCAUUAAUGGGUAGUAAGGAAUCCCAAUGAAAUAAAGAAAGUUUCUACAUACAAA